AUGGCGGAGGGCCGCGACACAAGUUCUGACUCUGAUGAUGACCGUGUUGAUUUCCUCAGUGACAACCUUGAAAACGUUCGUCCUUCUUCCAGCGAGAGGAAUACCUCAACACCAGGAAACAAAAUUCAAAGAAUCAAACUCCAUCGGGGUCAGGUUUUUGUAGAACUAAACAACGCUGUCAAAAACGGCACAGUAUCAUCGAAUGAUGCCGUUAUUGAAGUCGAGAUGAUUCUACCUAAUGGAACUGUUGAAAAAGGGGAAGAUAAUGGGGGGGUCUUCAGAGACGCUCUCGCCGAAUACUGGGAAACAUUCAACAAGAAAUGUGCAACAGGAAGUAUCAUAACAGUUCCAGUAACCCGACAUGACAUGAAAGAAACGUGGAAAUAUGUUGCUGAAGUUAUGAUUAUUGGGUAUAAAACAGUGGGUUAUUUCCCCAUCAAACUUGCAAAACCAUUCAUGAAUCAUUGUUUUGGACAUAAAACACAGGAAGACGAGCUUGUAAAGACAUUCUUGCAGUUUAUUCCGGACCACGAGAAAAAGAUCAUUGAGCAAGCUCUUACAGAUUUUCAGAGUGUUAGUGAGGAUGACGAAUUUUUGGAUAUGCUGGAUUCCCAUGAGGUGAAACCCUGCGUACGUGAGGACAACUUCAAAACAAUCUUGUCAGAAGUGGCUCAUAAAGAACUGAUCCAGGAUACUGCAUACAUAUCAGAUUGCUGGCGGGUUCCUCUCAAACAACGUUUGACACAACUACUACCAAAAGGGGGUCUGGAUGAGUUGUAUAACAAGCUAAAGCCCACACCCCACAAAGUGACAUCCAUCCUGCAGUUUGAGGAACAUCUCGAGCGAAAAGAGCAGAGCAUCUCUACUUUCUUGAAGAAAUACAUAAGGCAAUGCCCUGAGGAACGUCUUCUAAGGUUUCUUAGAUUUUGCACAGGUGCAGAUGUCCUGAUUGCAUCAUCUAUUAAGGUGAGGUUUGUAGAACCACUGAGUGACUUCUCAAGAACUCCUGUUGCACACACCUGCGGUUAUGUGCUUGAGUUUCCCAACAGCUAUGGCUCCUACUUAGAGUUGGCAGAAGAAUUAACCGAGCUCCUUGACUCAAAAGUAUGGGUAAUGGAUAUCGUAUAAAUCAGUAAGCAUGAGAUAAAGUAAAGUAGCCAUUGUAAUAAUAUAUGCAUUUAGGUUUUAUGCUCAAC